AUGGCUUCUGUACCCACACUCCGAGAGCUUGCAAAGCAAGUCUCUGAAUCCAUUUCAAACGAACAUUUGUCCGGUAGUACGUUUGCUAUCGGCGGCGAGGUUCCUAUCGAGCAGCCGCAAGGCCAAUCUAGCCCUACAGCUCAGGUUGCGUCUUCUUCGGUCAUUCUUCGUUGGGACAAUCCAGCGGAGCGUCCUGGUCCCCAGCGAGUCUCUUUCCCAGUCGCUUCAGAUGACGACGCCGUCGCGUUCGACCACCUCCUCAAAGUCUCUGAAAAGGCUACAUUCGGUCUCGACGGGCGGCACGAAUUUGAUGAAACCUACCGCAAGGCUCAGAAGCUCGGUGCGGGUGAUUUCUGCACCACCUUCUGCCCGUAUGAAACAGGCAUCAUCGACGCUGUUUGCCAGGUUCUUCUCCCCAGUUAUGACAUGGACGAAGACAAGCGGGCAAUCCGUGCGGAGCUGUACAACAUGAAUAUCUACUCUGGUCCUUCGGGCAAGUUCAAGGCGCACGUCGAUACUCCUCGUUCGCCUUACCAGAUUGGCUCCUUGGUUGUCUGUCUUCCGAUGAAGCAUGAGGGUGGCGAGCUGGCCGUGAGACAUUUUGGACAGACUCAUUCCUUCGACUGGGCCAAGAGCUCCACCAAGUCUGUCAUUCAGUGGGCGGCCUUCUACAGCGACUGCGAACACGAAGUGUUCGAGGUCAAGUCCGGUCACAGGGUUACGCUGACAUACAACUUGUAUGCGACAGCAGGAAACGGAGACCUUGGAGGUCAAAUAUCUGCUUUCAGCCCUACUUCGCUGCCACUCUACAAGCAGGUUGUAGACUUGCUCGGCUCCGAGAAAUUCCAGUCCAAGGAUAGACUUCUGGGAGUCUACAGCACACACGCUUAUCCUCACACCGAGAAGGAGCACGGCCUUCCGUUCUGCCUUAAGGGUCUUGACAUGGUGAUCUACAACACCUUCAAGAGCCUAGGCUUGGAAGUACACUUGUGUGCUAUUCUCGAAAACCCGAAAGGCUUUCGAAGGCGCAAGCUUUACAAUGGGGAAUUCUCUGAUGAAGAUACAGAUGCCGAGCCAACGCAGAGGAAGAUAAGAUUGGCGAAGAACAAUAAUGGGGCCGGAUCAGACUCGGAAGACGACGACGAUAGGAAGUACUACACCAGGACUGUAGGAUACAUCAACCAAGCAUACUCCACGGACGAGCAGGUUGAGUACCGAGAUGACAUGAAACGCAUCAUCAACGAGGCCAUGGGAACCGAUAAGGUUAAAUUCGACGCUAGCAAGAUCAUUUGGCUGAACAAGAACAAUGGCGAGUCGAAUAUGCAGGUGUCAUAUAUGGCAUACGGCAACGAGCCAUCCUCCGAGGAAAUCUACUCAUACUUUGCGAUGGUCACUGAAAUCCCUGCUGUUGGACCUAAGCAGCAAGGCAACCGCUCAAUGUUCCAAACUAACUUGCCGUGUAUUCUUGCCAAGUUCCUUUCCCACGUCACAACGAGCAUGAGUCCCCGUAUAUGCUCGUGCACUCUCUGUGGAUGGAUCGUCGUCGAUGCACCAGGCAGCGUUUCUUGGCUGAAUCAGUUCCGCGGAGUCACUUCAAGUCCAAAUGGCGUCAUUCUCACCGGUGUUGGCUUAUACGAUGAUCCGGCAAGGGGCGCAUUCAUCGCCCCAGUCGACCUCAAGCGUCGUUGGGAUGACCCAACCUACGACAGUACAGAUGAAGACCAAUUUGGUGCUAUGGGCUUCCCGCCAGUCAACGGAAGACACGGCUUUGUUUUCCAUGAAGCCUGCUGGGACCUCUUAGAGAAAGCCUUCCAUCCGAGUCCAGUUCCCUUAUUGAGACUAUUCGACGUCUGCGAAUCACUCCCAUUUCCGCUAUUGUCAGUAGGUAUCAGCUGGGGCCACGACUACGGGGGAGCCAGUAUCGUCGAUAAUGAACACCACUUUCCGUUCGAGGACAGAUUUUCCGACCGGGAAUACAUGGACCCCGACCCCGUUCUCAGCGCCAAUCCGUACGAAGCCGAAGAGGCACACCACUUGCUCACUGAGGCACCCGAAGAGCCGCCAAGUCCAGAGGGGCCUAUUUCCAAUGCUGCAGCCCCAGAACCAGAACGGGACAGCUUCUAUGCGCUCCUAGAAGAGCUACGGUCAGCGAUCGCUAUUUGCCUACCGACUUUGGAUGUAUUGAACCUACGGUUGUCCUCACGUUCGUUCUGGACGAUUUUCAAUAGUCAACAGUUCUGGGCCUCGAGAUUCAAACAUAAGUCAGACCGCUCAUGGCUUUUUGAAUCCCAGGACGGGGCUCAGCCUCGGGACUGGAGAUGGCUGUAUCGUCGAACCAACAAUGCGCACAUAGGUCCCGGCCUCCAGAAUAGAGUUCGUGUUUGGAACCUGGCCCAGAAAGUUGUGACAGCUCUGGACUUCCAAUGGAUCGACAGUGGUUCAGAACCUUCCCAACAGCAAGGCUCGACCCAGCGUUUAAAAGUGUCGGGAGACUUGUGGGAGAGACCGAGCGGGCCACACCACUCCCACUUGGAUAAGGGUUGCCUUCUCCGCGAAACGUACCGCCUGACCAUCCCUGAAGACCUAUCGAUGGUUUCUAUCUGGUCUAUUCCCGUAGGAGAGAUUCUAUACAUCGCUGGACUGAAGUUUACCACGGCCGCAGGCGAUGUUCGUCAAAUAGGCUACAGAACUACUGCUGAGCAGUUUGUGGAGAUUUCAGACAUAAGCGGCUUCAAGCUAGCUGUGGGAGAAAGGGGGAUUCAAGCUUUGCAAUGCAUCAAUCAGAAUUUCGACACCUCCCACUGGCUCGGCAGUCCGGAGACGUCGCUCAAGACACUGCGCUUCAAUGUAGGCGAGCGCAUCAACUACCUUGAUAUUGGAUUUGAUGGUUGCAAAAUUGUGAGCUUGGCUAUCUUUCCCCAUUCUUCAUCUAUCGCAAGACUAGCACAGGAUGACAACAGAUUGAGAAAUAUGGGGAUGUGGUACCCUGAGGUCCCGGGACCAGACCUCUGCUUGAAUGAAACUUCUUUCGCCCCCAGGGAACAUUACUUGGACGGAUUCAAACCACUAUUUUGGACCUCCUUCGGCGGCCCAGGUGGUGCCCACCUUCGAACACUCAACAAUAUGAGAGUCGUCCUGGGCCGCGCCGGCAUACGCCGCAUCGACUUCACAUACAAUGUUCCAGAACUCGAUAGAACGUUCGGUUGCCAAAUGCCUGGAGAUUUGACAAAGGAAAUCAUUUUUGAAAUCGAUGGAGCAGGAGGCGAACUCAUCAAUGCGGUCGAAAUUCUCCAGGAAAACGUUGACCCUGAAGAUGCUUACACAUGGAUGGUGGAAGAAGGAUUCAUAGCUGCAUUCAAGUCACCACAGGUCCUGGAGAGGCCAUCACUGGGUUUUACGGAAGCCAGGUAA